AUGGAUGAAGAAACACCGGUCAAUGAAGCUCCGCGUGGCCGGAUGGGGGAAAUGCUAGAUGACGUGCACUUACAGAAUCAAUUGAAGGACCCUAACAAUGCCACAGAUGAGAAGAAGUUCCAGAAGCUAGUCGAGGACGCAAACACACCAGUGUAUGACAAUGCCGGCAUCAACAAUAAUGUCCUAGAAGUGACACUUGAACUUCUUAGGAUAAAGGCAAAAUCUGGGCUUUCUGACAAGGGCUUCACGGAGAUGUUGAGUUACCUUGCUACAGUCUUUCCAGAGGGCAACAAAUUGCCUAAGAGCACAUACGAGGCGAAGAAGAUUACCUGCUCGCUUGGAUUAGACGUUGUGAAAUAUCAUGCAUGUCCACUGGACAGCAUUGUAUACACGGGACCGCACAAAAACAAGGACAAAUGCCCAAUAUGUGGUACUUCACGGUACAAGAAGAAAGAUGGCAAUCACGACGAAGUCGAUGAGGAAGAAGUGAGUAAAGGUCGGCCGGCGAAGAUCGUCUGGUAUCUUCCGAUGGGUAGUCUGUUUGAGCGUUGGUUUCAGAACUUGAAGGAUGUGGUGAGACUGGUCUAUCACGAUCCGAGUGAGAAGAUGUACGAUCCAGAUGGAGAGUACCGUACAGACAAUACUGAAGCUGGGAUCCUCAAACACCCAGCCGAUGCGGCUCAAUGGAGGACCUUGGACGUGGAAUUUCCAGAUUUCGCCAGUGAUCCCAGGAACCUAAGGCUAGGGCUGAGCACUGACGGAAUCAAUCCAUUCGGCAACAUGAGCAGCACGAACAGCACAUGGCCGAGGCUUGAUGCGGAGAGCUUCCACGGAAAGGAAGAGCACGAGGGUAAACCUAGGGAAAAGUCUGGCUUUGAAAUCUACGAUAUUGUCAAGGAUCUGGAGGUUAGGCCUGGAAAAGCAGAAAAUGUCAAAGAUAAGGACGGCCCGGACACCUCCGUGUGGAAGACGAGAAAGCAUUGGCUCGAUGUUCCCAUUGAGAAGGUUAAGGAAAAAUGGCCUUCCAUUACCCCAAAAGAUUGGGCAUCUUUCAAGAAGGAAUCACAGGACUCCGACUUCAUUGCGAGCCAAGAGAAAUAUAUUGAGAUGCGCAAGAAGAAGAAGCACAACCACCAUCUCGGAAGUCAUGGGAAAGAGGGAAAGAAGAAGGUUUGGGACAAGGAGGACGCCCAGUUGGCCAAGCUUGCAUAG